UAAUGUUCGGCGGGUUACACACGCCCCUCACCGCCCCUGCUUGGAGACAGGUGGUUGGCGUCCAUGCCACCAUCCUCCCUCGCCUAGUGUAACAAAUACCUUCUGGCACCCAGGCAAGGCUCGCUCGCAGCGUCAGCGAGCGCGUCCCCGAUGGACUUCCAGCGUAUAACCUCCGCGAUCACCGGCCGGAGGGCAGCUGGAGUAGGGGGCCGCAACCGGAACGCUCCAGUAGGGGAGCCCCGCCGAUCUACUCCCCGAAUGCUUUCCACCCAAUCCCUCCAGCAGCCGUUCAUGGGAGGGGGCCUACCGACGGAGGAAUGAGAUGCACGAGUGAAAAGUUGACACGAUUUAGGCGGGGUUCUGCGUGUGACAGGCGGCAUCAUUUGUGAUUAUCCACCGGUGCUCGGAAGUUGUUCACUGGAGGGGAGGCGGGUGUCAAAAUGGCUUCGGGUGCCGGGAAGGCUGUACAGACCCCGGGGCAGGGCUCCGCCGUCAAUGGGAAUGCGGCAGAGUACCAGAACGUCGAGCAGGAGCAGCACGACUUCCAGAUGCACAACAAAAUGUGCAAGAAGAUUGCUCAGCUCACUAAGGUGAUUUAUUCCCUCAACAUGAAGAAUGAGGAGCAGGAGGCGGCCCUGCAGGCCUUGAACCACGCCCAUGACGAGGAGCUACACCGCAUCCUGAUGGAGACAUGUCACGAGGGGGAAGGGUCGGCGCUGAGGACACGACUCCUCCAGCUGCAGGAGUCUCUGGAUGAGCAGCAGAGGGUUGGAGCGCAGGUACAAGCAGACUUUGAGUGCUUCCGCAUGCAGUCAGAAGAGAGAGAGCGUGAAACUGAAGCUGAGCUGAGACGAGAUUUUGAAGAGAGGCUCCAGGCUGCCGAGGAGGACCUCCAGGAGGCCAGGUCCCACAUCAGCACCACUCAGGAGGAGAACCAGCGACUGAGCAAAGAACUGGAAGCGGCCGGGGAGAGCAUCCAAGAGUUGAGUAAUAAAUGUGAGGUGCUGCAGAGAUCUGCCAAGAAAGAAAGUGAAGAGGAGGAGGAGGAGGAGGAGGAGGAGGUGAGAAGAACGAAAAAUGAGGUGUCCCAGAGGGUGAAGGGACUCUUGGAGGAAGUGAACAUGCUGAAAGAGGAAAGGCAUCAAAGGGAGGAGGAGAGCAGGAGAGCAGUGGAAGAAGAAAAGGAACAAUGGGAGCAAAAGAUGAAGCAGCUGGAAGAGGAGAAGGAGACCAUGAGGAAGAAGAUGGAGGCUGAAUGGCGGGAGGAGCAGCGCAAGUGGGAAGAGAGGGAGGAAGAGGAGAAGAAAGGAAUGCACAGCGCUUUAAGAGAAAGAGUAAAGAGGGCCGAGGCAGAAGUGGAGAGCCACCUGGAGAGGUUGGCGGAGAGCACACGGAACACUGUAAAACUGCAGGAGCGCAUACAGAACCUGGAGGAAGAGCUGGAACUGGAUCGGAAGCGAGUGUCUGAGGCUGAGGGUGUGGCUAAACGGGCGGAGGAGGAGCUUGCUGUGGCCAAAGAGAGGCUACUGCUGCAAGAAGACGAGCUGCAGACAAGAGCAGAGGAGCUGCUGAAUGUGGGCUGCAAGGUGUGUGUGUGCGCUGAUGUGGAGGAGCUCAAGAGCCAGCUGAGUCGUCUGCAGAGUAGAAACAGAGAGUUGGAGCUGCAGAGCAGCGGCAGGAACAAUGACCACGCCCGACAGAUGCGCCAGCACGCCGAGGCCCUGUCCACGUUGCGUUCAGAGAUGGUGAGAGCUCAGACCGAAGAGCUUCGCCGCAUCCAAAAGCACGCAGAUGAUGAGCGAGACAAACUGCAACGGGAGAUGGACAAAGAGAGAGAGAACCUGCAGAAGGAACGAGAACAAGAAAAAAGUCACUUGGAAAAGGAGAGGAACCGACUGCGCCGAGAGAAAGAUGAGGAGAAGGAUGCACUGCUAAAAGAGGCAGAGGAGGUCAGAGAACAUCUGAGGAGGGAAAAAGAGGAGGAGGUGGAGCUUCUACGAAAGGAACUCAACGUGGAGCGGGUCAGAGUCCGCUCCCAGUUGGACAAGCGCUUGGAGCAGGUGGAGGUGCAAAGAGCCGGCCUGCAGCAGAAGCUGGAGGAGGAAAAAAAGAGGUUGGUGGAGAAGGCAGACGAGGACAGGAAGCGGCUGAAGGAGCAGGUGCGCAAGGCCAUCGAGGAGGUGAUGAGGAGACAUGCGGCUGAAGUGAACAACGUCCAAGAAGCUCUGAGCUCUGAGAAGAAGACCAACCAAGAGGUGUGUGCGCAUCUUGAAGAGGAGAGAAGAAGAACCGGGGAGCUUCAUGACAUGCUGGAGAGGGAGAGAGACGAACACGGGGCGAAGAUUAAAGAUGCCAACAAUGAGAUCUUUCGUCUGAAGACUGUCAUCCAACAACAAGAAGAGAAAGACAAAGUCGCAUCGGGGGCGGCGCCCCCAUGUGGACCGCGGUGCUCACGCUUGCAGGACGAUCUGCAGCACAGCCAAAGUCGUUUGACUGCGAUGCAGGAGGAAGCGGAGAAGCAGCGGGAAAAACAGCAAAGAGAGAUCGCCUCCCUCAAGUCAGACAAACACCGGCUAGAGGAGAAAGUUCUAGAACAGAGCCGACUGACCGCGGAGAGGAAUAUUUUAGAGCAGAGUCAGCGGAACACAGAGGACCGCAUCAGGGCCGAGUGUGAAGAUCGCCUCAGAGCGGAGUUCCGCAUCGAGAUGAACGCUGCCGUGGCUGAGAGCGAGCAGAGAUGGCAGAACCAGGAGCAGGAUAUGCAUAGUCAGAUUGCUGAUCUGCAGAGUCAGCUGGAUGAGAUGCAGACAGAGAAAAAGAAAGAGAGCCCCGAAAACGAUUCCCGCGGUAACCCUGAGGUCGACAAGCUGAGGAAAGAGGUCCAGGAGACCAAGGAGCUCAACAAGAAGCUGAGGGAACGGCUGCAGGUACUCACACACGAACGAGGUCUUAUCACUGUGACAUACAAUUCUUGCAAUACUUGUAAGAAAAUAACAAACAUUUGUGCGUUGGAGGAACCUCAGAGUCAGUCAUUAGUUGAGGAGCGACAGAGUCACGCCGUGCAACUGCAAGCCUUGGAGAGACAAGCCAAAGAGGAUGUUCUGUCUGAGAGGAACCGACUACAGACCAUGCACCACCUGGAGUUAGAUAAGCAGCGAGCAGAGCUGACCCAGCAGCACACAGAGUGGAGCAGACAGAUGACCCAGAGACAUAUGCAGCAGAUUGAAGACCUUCAGGCACAGCUCCAGGCACACACGCAGAUGAUGGCGCUGCAACAGGACCUGAAGCAGCAGAACCAGAACCAAGUGUUUGAGAGGCAGCUGGAUGAGAGUCGCUGCGCCAUGCUGGAGCUUCAGAGAGAGAAUGCAACGCUCAAGAAGCAAUUACAGGAGAAGGGUAUUUCCAUCCAUCCUUCUUUUUACAGAUCCAUUCAAGCCAACCCCAAAGUCGAAGAGAAAGAAGAAGACAACUUGGAAUUGCAAAAGACCAGAGACGCCCGCCUGGAAGAAGAAGCGCAGCGUCUGAAAGAGGAAGUGGAGAAGCUGAGGGUGGAAAUGGAGAAGCUGGAGGAGUCACAGAAACUGUGGGAGGAAAGGAAAGAGGAGGAUGAUAAAGAGGAGGAAGGGGAGCAGGAGAAAAAGAAGAAACCACCACAUGAGGGGGAGGGAGAGGAGGCUGAGAGCAGGAGGAAAGAGCUAGAGGAGAUCAGGAAGGAGCACAAGAAAGAGAUUCAGAAUUUGGUGUGUGAAUACAACAGUGCUCAGAUGCACCUCCAGGCUCGUAUCGUCGCUCUGGAGAACGAGUUGCGUGAGCGGGAGGAGCGAUGUAGGAGGCGAGAACCUCGAUGUGAUGACCUCCAGCUGGGGAAACUUCAGGAAAGAUUGGCAGAAAGAGAUCAGCUCAUUAAACGAUUAGUGGAAGAACGGCAUCAGCUGCAGCUCCACCACCCUGUUGUUGGGGACAACAGCAGCCCCAGGCUCCGGGACAGCAAGCCCUGCCCCGGGAGCACCAUGCCAACAAUGAGGACGAAGCAUACGGCGUCCCCUCCUCGUGGAAGCACCAUCUCCUGCUCGGGUGCUUACGACCGCCUCCCUCCCUACUCAUCGUCGUCUUCCACCCUGCCUCACCAGUCCACCACCCACGCUCACACCUCUCCCCACUACUCCACCUCGUCUCUUCCACACAAGCACACCUCCCUCUCCCUGAGCCGACAUUCCUCCCCCUCCCUGCCCCGCUCCCCGAGAUCCCGGACCUCCUGCGUCCCCCCCACGCCGGCACCCACCGCACCGCUGCCUGUCUGCCCCUCUCCACAGACAGGCAUUCGCUACGUGUCGCCCUCCUGCCAGGAGCCAUACGCGUAUCUGCAGGCGCAAUCUAUCAGGGGGCCUUAUGUGGAGCAGAGAGGGACUGAGGCGCUAAAACAGGAGUGGUUUACCAAAUACUUCUCCUUCUGAGCACAACUCAACAGUUCAUUGCUUCUGCGACGUGUGUGUGUGUGUGUGUGUGUGUGUGUGUGUGUGUGUGUGUGUGCUCUUCACAACACCCAUCUGGGAACUCCACCGAUUUUACACAUGGACAAAGACGAAUCAAAAUGGAUUGCGGGGAUGGGAAGGAACAACACAAUGCUGAAAGCAAAGAGACGCUCCAGUUGCAUCGUUGGUAUGUAGUACUUUGAUACAAUUUAUAUACUGUAUGUAUACUGGUUUUGCGGCAUUGAUUUUGAAUCUGAUACGGGGAGCAUCGCAGGAGAUACUACUAAAUCGGUGGAGUACUCUCAGAACAGACCCAUGGGCUCAUCACCAGCAAGGCCAUCUCCAACAUUGCCUCAAAGCUCAACCAAAAAGUGCUUCUCAACAAAAAAAAAAAAAGAAAAAAAAAUGCCUGACCUCUUCUGGGCCUCCUGGAUCUUGUUUGUGUAGUUUGAAAUGCCUCCAUCUGUUUGUUUUUUUGUAAAGCAGUCUUCCUUUUUUAAAAUUGGCUUCAAUGUUAUCACACGGUCAUUGAAGGCAAAUCUGUCCAUGUUGCCAUGCCUUCUACUAUGGAGGCAUUCCACGUAUCCAAUCAAGAUCCGCAUUAAUACCACACACACAUACGUCUCACCAUACCAAAAUGAAGCUUGUUUUGAUGCAAAAAUGUAUGAUAGUCUUAAUGAACAAAUUGAAUAAAUAUUUUGUUUUUCUA